AAUAAGCAACGCCAGCAGUAGCAACAAAGCAUCUGAAAUGAAUUCUAGUGGACGAUUCACGUUCUUUGUUUGUUUGCUCUUUCUUUCUCAUUCUCGGCCCUCGUAUUUAUGUCAGCCAGAUUAAAUAUAUCCGAGAGCUGAUUGAUAUCAGUAGCCAAGGGGACCUGGAACUGGACACAAGCCGGACCAAAGAAUGCAAACGGCAAUUAAGUCGAGAAAUAAUUUGGGAAAAGUCAAGUGCUUCCAGGCGAUACAACCUUUCACACGUCCGAGGUAUUAAUUAGCGGAAAAUCAUCACACUAUGGUUCACCUUUCAGCGGCAGCAUUGCUGAUGUUGCAAUUGGUGGUGCCACCCAUCCUGGCCACCCACCCCCACCAGACACCGCCUGUCACUCAACCCGUUGACAAUUUUGAUGGACUCGUCGGCCUGACCGAAGCCCACAUCGACAAUGGCUCUGACAUGCAUUUUGACAGCUCGAAUCCGACAUCCGACCCAGACAGCGACUCUAACCCGGGCAACGCCACCAGAAUUCUGCGUCGGGGCAAGCGAUAUCUCCAGUUCGCCAAGGGCUCACGUAUGUCGUGGCGUACCAACGGCAAGAACAACCUCUGGACCAUAAAUGCUCUAUAUGCCUACGGAUACGGUUUUCGCGCCAAUUAUCCCUUUCCGUCAAUCGAGGAACAGAAAAAGGAUAACGCAGUUUUCUUUCGAUUGUUUAAGCGCGAUCUAUUUUCAAAGCUAGAAACGGCUCUAGACGGGCAUGGCUUUGAUGGCAGAGCCUGCAUGUUGAAGUCCUUCUGCACAGUCGUUCACGAUGUAGAUAAUCCCCGAAAGAAGAGUGGCAUGCUUUUCAAACUGUUGAAGUUGAUAUUCAGCCUGGAUGAGCACGACAAACGCCACAUGCCGCACUUACGAGAGGAGAAUUGCGAACAAAUCAUGCAUAGCCACUGCCCUUUGAGUUUCGACAGUAUAUCACCAUAUACCGAUGAUAUUUAAUAAUGUGGACCUGUAUUUGUUUAAAUAUAAAAAAAAAUAAACUAAAAUUGGGAUUGAAUUGGACUUAAACAAGCCAGAGCGACUGAUUGCCUAAAAUAACAUUGCCAGUAAGAAUAAAUAUAUUGUAAAGUGGUUGGUAAUUUAUCCCAGGGCGUCUAAAGCUUGAAAAAAUAAACAAAAAUAUGGACGAUGUUUU